GAGAGAGCGUGUCGUGUGUGUGAGAGAGUGAUAGACAAGGAAGAACUGGGGAGAAUGAGAGAAAAACAAGGCCACGCCAUAUUGAAUCAGUUGUUAAUUUUUGCGUGAGCUUAAAAGUAUUUAGUGAUUGAUAAUUAAUGUGUUAAGUGUAAAAAAUCAUUUUCGGUUACUUCAAAUACAACUUUUUGAUGUGUUUUAGAGUUCGGUAACUUUUUGAAAUGUAAUAUGUUGUUACACUGAAAUUGUAAUCAACACCUUGUCGGUACUUUUGUAAUCGAUUUGUCAACCAGUUAACAAAUUGGGACGUCCUUGAUUGACCCCUUCAGGAUUAGGUAAAAAGAGGUUAAGUUUGUGAAUCAUAUUGAUAGUUGCUUGACUGUCUUUGUAGAGGCUAUGUUGUUAGCAUAAAUGAAAUAUUAACAAUGUGUGAAAUGUUGUGGAUCAAAAAUUUACAACAAUAGAUCUUUACAAUUGAUAAACCAAAAGUUGUGAGUGGUGCUAGUACAAAAACUCUUUGGACAGUAAUAUAAUCAUUUUGUUGAUUUUUUAUGAAUAUUGACAUUUUGAAAUAAACUAACUGUAAUUCUUCUAAACGCAUUCAUGAGUGAUUAUGCCACAUUUCACAAAAGAAGACUUGAGCGUGAUCAAAACGUGUUAUGAGAAAAAUGGUUGGCACGGGAAAAGGUUAGUCAGUGAAUUUCCCGAGAAAGGCUGGUCGGCGCGAUCAGUGAACAAGGCAAUCAAACGUUUGACCACCAAAGGGUCGAUUUUUGGAAAGAAAGGAAGAAAGCGAUUGGAUUCUGAUAGCCCUUCUGGAAAGAAAAAAGUUGCAAAAUCAGAUACAAACACCGUUCAAGACUCUGAUUCUCUAGAAGACGCAGAGUCGACCGCUUGCUCUAGUAAUCAGUCAGACCAGACAAGUGAAAAGAUGGAACGGAUGGAGGUAGACGAAGAUGCCUCCGUAGUAGACCUCAGUGUCAAUAAUCGCAGAACAGACAGCAGUCCAGCUGCAUCCCAGCCGUCCCCUCGGCCCACCAACAUGUCAGCACGCAGGAGUCUGCGGCCCCGCACAGAGCUGCGCAGCUACGCAGAGUCCCCUGACGUGGUUGUGGUGACUGAUGAUGAGCCGAGGCUCAACGGGUUCAGCAACGGCAGUAUGGAUAGUGAUAGUGAUGACGGGGAGAUGCCUCCUCUACCUCCGAUCAAGGAACUGAGCCCUUCGGAAGUGUUGGAGCGUGAACGUCUAGUGAGGCGGCUUCGCGAGGAAUUACGAAACGAGGAGAUGAAACUGGUGUUGCUGAAAAAGUUGCGACAGUCACAGCAGAUGAAGGAGAACAUAGCUGUGGUGCCGCCUACCACGGGGACAACCAGUGGGGGGGUGACUGGGGUGUCUGCCCCCACUGUGACAACGGGGCCUAGCAAACCUUCUAGUGCUGCUCCCCCGCCACCACCGCUAGUACGCAACAGUCACAGCAAACCACCCAGUGCUGUGCCUCAUCUCCUACGUGGGCAACCUGCGCCGUCAUCGCGAGGUGCUCCCAACAUCCAUGCGCCGCCUCCCAUGGGCAUGAUGUCCAAGUCACUGGCGCCAGGCAUGCCUCCCAACAUGCACCCCACCACCCCUACUUUGCAACGGGGAAGCAGCAGCAGUGUGUUGGCAGGUAGAGGAGUGCCGCAAGGACUCAGUUUGUACACAGCUGACAGGACCAAGGACUCUCGCCACUCCCCCGCCCCCUCCCCAGCGGCUCAGCAGCUGUCAAGUCUGGUGGAUGUCAAGUUGGGAGUUGGAAUGCAACUCUCUCAACUAUCAGAACAGGACCGUCAGAGGAUUGAGGAUGCGCAGACUCCUGCGCAGAGACAAGCCGCAGCCAAACUGGCUCUGCGUAAACAGCUGGAGAAAACACUGCUGCAGAUUCCACCACCCAAGCCACCACCACCAGAGAUGCACUUCAUCCCUAACCCCAGCAACACGGAGUUCAUCUACCUGUUGGGGCUGGAGUAUGUGGUGGACUUUAUCACCAAGGACAACAAGUCGCCACCACCACCGGAGCCGUUCAAGUGUUCCCAGUGUGGCACCAGCUUCACUCCCGUCUGGAAGUGGGAGAAGAAUCCGUCUAAAGGCAAAGAGCCGAAGGUGAUAUGUGAACAGUGUGUCACCACGAAUGUGAAGAAGGCUUUGAAAGCUGAGCACACCAACCGUCUCAAGACUGCGUUUGUGAAGGCUCUACAGCAGGAACAGGAGAUAGAGCAGAGACUGGCGCAGGGCUCGCCGCAGCCUACACCAGAGCCUGCUCUGCCUCCUCCGCCACAGCCCAAGGCGUCCACCCCAGCGCCUAGACCUGCCCCCACACCCCCCGCACCUGUCACACCUCCCUCCGCCAGGGAACAUCCCCUGGCCAAGCUGGCGGCAGAGAGCAGCAAGUUCAACAGUCACCACGCGGCCGCUGCCCAGGCACUGCACCAGCAACUGAUGCGUGGACUGCCUCCACACCAGCCCUUGCCUGCUCACAUGCUGCCAUUCUCACCACUCUUGUAUCCCUAUCAGCUGGCCAUGGCUCAGGCGGCCGGGGGCAAAGGUCCAGUGGCAGCCGCAGCGGCCAACCUGGUAGAGCUACAGAGACAGGCAGCCGACAUUCAGCGGCAAUACCUGCUGGACAUGAUCCCCUCCCCUACUUCCUCACGUUCCCACCCCCACUCUCUCAACAACUGGAAAACGUGAUCCUCCUCCACGCCUUCCGUUCGCUAAGCAAUACGUGCAGAUGGAACAGUGGCAGAUUGAAACGGUUUGACCUGGAGAAUAUCACGUUCUCAGGAUUUUAUUUUUUCUAAGAUGAGUUGAGAGAAUCUCCAUUCAGUAUUAGAAUGCUGGAGGAAUUAGUUGCACAGUGUUGUUGCUAUAGCCUGUUGUAGGUGGAAAGAUAUAGCAGGGAGUUUGGAAAAUAUGUCAAAUUUGCUACAAGUGGCUAGAUUAGAAUGAAAUUGGGGUGUAAGUUUACUUCUGCUGCAAGCUCGAUAUAUUUCUGUUCAUGGUCCAACUAAUUUAUCUCCCACAAAGUUCAUGUUUGAUCAGUUAUUGGGGUUUGCUAAGAUCACUUUAGCGAGUAUUAUUUAAAACUUGUAGUAGUAGGUGUGGGAAAGAGUAGGGAAUUUCAAUUGACGAUCUUCACCAUAUAAGAUGAAUGAUAAGAUGCCUAUGAUAAAUUACAGGCUGAUAAGCUGUAUUUUAGCCAGGCCAUUUAUUAAAAGCCCAAUGAUCAAGGGCAGCUGGGUCCAGUUUUGAACUAUCAAAAAGCUACACACUUUUCUUAUGAUUGAACUAACAAAGUUUUGAAAAUAAUCUUCAACAUGUAAAAGGCCAUUGAAAAAUUGUAGAAAUAAAAUAAUUUAAUGCAUUUUCUUGUUUGAUACUUUUUGAAAUGUAAUAUUUUAACUUAGCUUCACUCAUAGUUUUAAAUACAGACAGAUAUAAGUGCAAUCAGUGUGCAAUUUUUUAUAUUUGAAACUCAACACUGUCUCCAUGCUUAGUAAAUUUGGAUGUUUUGUAGAUUAACUAUUAUGAUUUAGUUGAGAUGGGGAACACAACCUAGGUAUUUGAACCCAAAUAUGAGUGUAGAAUGGAGUGAGAUCUCUGUAGCUUUAUUACUGACUAAGAUCAGCUGUUUCUUUAUCCAGGAUCAUUUUUAGAGCCCAAUUAUCAAAAACAGCUGGGUCCAGUUUCGAAUCAUCAAAAAGUUACUGACUUUUCUCAGGGCUCAAAGAUUGUAUGACUUAAUUCCGGCAGUAGCUCAAUGAAUAGUAAACUAGCCAAUGUAACAACUUGGUGCGUUCAGUCUGCCACUGGUUUUGAUCUGUUACUUUUCCAACUUUUAUUGUGAGAGGUGUUUUGUUUACUACAUGAAUGUUAGAUGGGACUCGAAACUACUUAAUACAUUCUGCAGUUAUUGUGUGUUUAAAUUUGUUGUGCUUUUAAUUUUGUUCCUUGGUGUUCUGUUGUCGGCAACGCACAUGUUAUGUGUACACCUUUUCUCCAUUAGCUUUACUCGUUUCAUGUCCUGUAUCUUGGCCUAAAAUUUUACUGUGUGUGCAUUUAUUUUGUUGGUUUUCAAUAAUUCAUUAAUUCUGUGUAUAAAUAGUUUAAUUUUUGUAAGAAACAAAUAAUUUAAUGCAAAAAUUGCAUGCUUUGAAUGGUUAAGUAGCCUACACAGAUAGACAGUUCUUUUAGAGUUACUUCAUUCUAUAUUUUUCUUAAUUGCUUUAACGUAAUUUUUUUCUUUGGUAAUUGAUUUUUUUCAUUUUCUUGAGAUUAAAAAUAUGAAUGCGUUUGGCUUUUAUAUUACAAUUCUUUCAUUAACAAUAGCUAAUCAAGAAGUUAUUUUAUUAUUUUCACUAGUGAGUGUUUUAAGGUGUUUUUGAUUCCACUUGUUCUUUUAUGGCAAAACAUAGAUUUGGUUGGGCUUCUUUAAAUUUAAUAAAUAAUAAUUUCAAUCAAUUGGGAUGGAUAUUUCCCUAUGUUUUAUAGCCAAUACCUAAUGCAUAUUUUGAUCAGUUUAUCGAUUAUUUAAUUUUGUCCGUUUAAAUUCUGUAAUAAAUGACGACACUAUUAAUAAAAUAUGGAAUUAUUUUAAAUUAAAAUCAACUUUUGUAUAUUGAGUGUUUGAGUGUAUGUGUGAAUACUUGCUGGUAUUAAAUAAACUGCGUAAAAUAUAGUUCACUGUAAAGAUUAAAUCUUAAGUUUUGUUUUGUUGCACAGUUUUGAUUUUUAUUUGCAGUUACUUAGGCGAAAUAAGUUUUGCAAUGGUUUGUAACUUAGUUAAGGAUAGAUGAUACUAAGUUUUAGAUUUAGCUGUGAAAUAUUUGUCCAUAUACAAAGUUAAUAUAUAAUUUAUUUUAAAUUUAUUUAAUUUAUAGACGUUUCCUGUCAUAUUACUGUAAACAUAAGCUUUUGAUAGUUUAUAGUAAUGAAUGGGGUUAUUAAGCACAAUAAGUAUAAUAAGACUGUUAAGUAAUGGACAGUUGUAUUUCUUAAAUACUUAAACAUCUUUUGAGUAUAUUAUGAGGCUUUAUGUUUUUCCUCGUAACCACACAGAAGUUAUUGGAACAGCUUUUUGUAUUCAUUGCAUCAUGCUGUGAUUCUUUUCAUUGAAAAAAUGUUCAAUUUUUUUUAUACAGCCAAGUUCGAAAUAAUAUAUUUAUUAAUUUAUAAAUAAUAUAUAUACAUCACUAGGCCUAAGGUGACUCUUUUCGACCCGAGCUCAAGUUUCAAGCCGGCGAAUCCAAGGUCAGAAAUGAGUGAGGGUUGAAAAGACAAUUUUUGUCCGUGUGAUGAACUAUAUUUUUUGUCAUAUUGCAACAUUUUAACAAACAAAGUUAGGAAACUAUAAUACUUUUCAUGUAAAUAUAACCUCUCAAAACAACUUGUAACUUGUUUUAAAUUUUGUUAAUGCAAACAAGCAGCUGUUUAGUAAGUGAUUCCAUCAUUUUGUAUAUGACGAUUGUGUUACUGUACGUUAUACUAUCGAUAUGUUGAACUAUUGACAUAAAUGCAACAAUUAGCUACUGAUUAAAUCAAUCUAUACAUAAUUUUGAUACAUGCAAUUGCUUACAAAGUUUAAAACAGUUUACAACAGCUGACUUUACUCCCUAGGGACUAAACAGGCUCUUACUCCCUAGGGGUUAAAAGAGCUACUCUAGACCUGCAACGUAUGUAUUAAAAACCGCUGUUUUUGCUGCAGUAUGACAAAAAAUAUUAAACAGCUAUGUAAGUUGGUGCACACAAUAGCUCAGAUCUAAGAUUUUUAUAUUGAACAUUCCUUUAAGGUUGCACUCUACACUAGUUUUCAUUCAAAGUUAUACCAAAGUAGCACCUCGGUUAUCUGUCACCUACAGUUAAGUAAUUAUAUAUAUGUUACCGUCAAAAGGGGAAUAAGGGGGGAACACUUAUUUUAAGUACUGUGUAUCAAACAAUGGGCACGCUCUGGGAACAUGUACCGGUGCAGAUUAACCGGUGAUUUAUUCACCGGUACCGCCCCGGGGCAAGAGUCUUGGUAUCCCAGAACGGUUAUUCACCGGUUUAAGAUACACAUCGGAUUAUAAUAUACACAUUCACCUUUUAUUUACUUUAUAAUCUUUAAACCAAACAAACUUGUUCUCACAGAAUAAAUUAUUUGAAAAUUAUUCACUUAAUACGUUAUAUAACAUUCUCAUAGAAUAAAUUAUUCACUCAUUACGCAACAUAACCUAUGAAACUGAUGAACUAUUAAAUUAUUCGUUGGACCCGCCAUCUUGCUUGCCGUAGCUGCAUGCUGUUGUCGUUGUCCAAGAAACUGACCAAUCAGAGGCCACCGGUGUAUUAUGCACCGUAGAAUUUCUCCGGUGCAUAAAUCUUGCACCGGUGGAGGAAAAAGAGGAAAUAGCUGUCUGCUAGGUUAGACGCGCUCACUAUCUUUGGUCUAUGGGUAACAUCAUUCCUAGUUAGCUAAUACAAUCAGCUGUUUUAGUUUUAAUUGUUAGGUACCCAAUUAGCGCAAAUGCUGUACACAGUAUUUAAAAAAUUAGUUUUCUCCACUGAUGCUGUUACAAAAUAUCCUUUACAAAAGAAUUGUUUACUUCCAUUUCUUUAAUUUUGAAAACAUUUAACACAACUGUAUCAAUACUGAAUUUUAAUAAUAGAUAAGAGGGGAAAUCAAACAAUAAAUCAUUCUGGCUCUGGACAUGGAUUAGGAAGACCUGAGGUUCGGAUAAAGGAGGUGCACAUUUAAUUCAAAUUUUCUUUCACAUAUUAGCAAAUUCUUAAAAUACGCAUUUCUUGAGUUUCAUUGGUGUAUUUGUUUACUUACUAGGUAAUUAAAAUUUAUAUUAAUAAAAACACAUAAAUUAUGAUUAGCUUAUUUUCCUUAACUUCCUUUUGAAGAAGGGAUAAUUUCUUAAUACAGAAAAACCAUUUUAAUGACAAAAUAAUUGUUUCAAGUUGUAAUGAAAGUUGUUAUUGGCAUUGGUGUACAUUUGUAUGUUUACAUGUAAGCUAGGUGAACCAUGAGGCAGUAUUUAAAUUUUUAUAUACGUAAAAAAGUAGAGAAAAUUCUGAAUUAGUUAAAUAUUUUUGAAAUUGAUCAAUGUUGACCCUUAGGAAGUGGUAGUCCACUUAAGUCUUGUGAUCUUUAAUGUAAUUAUUGUCGAUGUAAGUUUCUAUUCCCUCUCAGUAAUGUAUUUGUUGAUAACGAAGUAGUAUUAACCUACAUUUGAUCAGUGUCUAUACUUAACGCUGAUAGGUGCGAAAGUCAGGCUGGAAUAAGCCUGUUUUGCAAUAAUUAUGAUGAUCUUUUUAUGUAUAGUGCAGCUUUUUGUAUUAAUAAAUACAAAAUGGUUUUAUAAAUACUUCUCUUGUAUAUAUCUUAUAUGGUAUGAUAUUGGUGCUCUACAAUAUUUUGUCCUUAGCUUUUAUAAAGUUAUCGAUAUAUUAUCAUUGUUUUGUACAUAAGUCUUUUUUAUGAUGUUAACUUAACAUUAUAAUGUUGUAAAAUGUGUCUAUAUUGAUUUUUUGAGUAUUUAGUUUUCAAAAUGUUCUUAGUUGUGACGGUGAUCUUGGUUGUAUUUUCAUUCCGAUCCUUUCCUCGUGUUUCGUAACAUGUAUAUUUUCUAACAUGUUCGAGAAUAAAAGAUUGCAAAAAAGUAAA